CGCGUCGCCGCCGGUGGGUCGUGAGAGCUCGCGUGCCCACCAUGUACUACAAGUUCAACGGCUUCACGCAGCGCCUCGUCGGGGCUGCGGCCUCCGCCGCCUACAACCCGCAGGAAAAUGUAAAUCUGCCUUGGGAUUCAUGCUAGCAAGGCAAACAGCUGUACAGAAAAUAACAUGCCUGGUCUACAGGGACUCAAACCAAUAGUUUCCACUGAAUCCCCAGCUCUGGUUUUUGGGACAACAACUAAACUUGCUUCAGAUUUACCAGCAACUGAUUCUUUCUUGGGUAAAAACCAGGUGCCAGACCUACAGAAACUUUUUCAGAAAGCAGAUGGGCUGCCUGUACACCUGAAACGAGGAGUUCCAGAUAAGCUGCUUUAUCGGACCACUAUGGCUCUCACAAUAGGCGGGACAAUCUACUGUCUAGUAGCACUGUACAUGGCCUCACAACCAAGAAGCCAAAAGUAGAUGAACCAUGACUCACAGGACUCAAUUCUUGGAAAGACCUCCUGCGUGUUUCUCUUUACCUGCUUCUUAAUUCUGUGAUCAUUUAAUGUUCAUCUUUUCAGAUCAAAUUUCUUGGAGGAAGAUGUUUUUACGUUGGUUGCCUUAUGUGUUCUAGAAAUUAAUAUAAACAAUGACUUUUAGUCAUCAACUUACGGUUGCAGCUCGGUAUUUGUUGUCUCGCAGGAGCGCAUGAAGUUGGAGAAAGCUGAACUUUUUCUUCUAAUCCCCACUCAGCUUCAAUAAUGUUGGAGAUAGGACAGAAGUACCACUUUCUGGACUAGGCUCCACAUUUCUUAGUGGGAGCUUGCUGCUAGUUUCCAAAAGAGUAAAAGAAAAUCAUUUUAUGAGAUACACUGCUCAUUUUACAUAAGCAAGUGGCAGUGGAACUUCUCUAAAUGUUGGCAUAUCAUUAAAUACUUGUUCCUCUGAUGGUAGGGCAAACAGUUUAUCCCCUUGGAACAUGUAAACUGGAUUUAUUUAAUGUGAACAUCACGGUAUGCAGCAGUACUCUAGCAUCAGUUGUACCAGUUUUUGGACUUUUUGGACUCAUUUGUCAGAUGCUCUCAUGCAAUAAAAAUAAAUACACAAGUAAUAAAAUGGACAAGUCUUGAACAUUUCAUACCAUUUCAGCUGACCUGGUAGUACUGAUACACUGUUAUUCAGGCUUAACUUGUAGAUCACAAACCAGCAAAUUGAUUGAUCUACAUUACUGUAAUCUUUUAAAGAUGUUAGCCCUCUUCAAAACCUACCUUGGAAUUCAUUUGUUGUUUUAAUUAUGUUUUAGUGAAACAGGUCACUGCAUUUCAUAGCUCAGCUGUGUAUUCUUUCCAGUGCAUGCACAAAUUUAUGUACAUCUAGGUAAUGCUGUCCCUAAAACAAGAAAGAUGUAGAGCUGUUGUAGCAGAUCCAGAAGAGGUCCAUGAAGAUGACCAGAGGGCUGAAACAACUCUUCUAUGGGAGACCUCCAGGGAGACCUCAAUGUAGCCUUCCAGAGCUUAAAAAGAGCUUAUAGGCAAGAGGCAGACCAACUUUUUACACAUACAGAUAGGAAUAAAACAAGGAGGAAUGAUUUAAAACUGAAGAGGGGAGGCUUAGAUUUGAUGUUAGAAAAUUUUUCACUCAGAGUAGUGAGGUGCUGGAACAGGCUGUCCACAGAAGCUGUGAAUCCCCUUGAAGGGAAUCAAGGCCAGGUUGGUUGUGGCUGUGGGCAGCCCCUGCUAGGGGGAGGAGUGAGGGGGAAGCAGCCAUGUCAAAAGCAAGGGAUUGGAAUUAGGGUCCCUUCCAAUCCAAGCUAUUCUCUAGUUUAUGACAUACGAGCAUCAAUGUCCUUUUCUGUGUGGGUGGAGGUGAAACUAAUAAAGCUUUGGGCUUUUUUCCCCCUGUGAUAUCAUAGCCUUGAAUUGCAAGUUUUACGUAAAUAAAAGGUAUCCUCUAAUUUGAUAGAUUCUGCUCUAAUUUACAAACAGAAUAUUCACUUCCAAUCACUCAGGCAAUGGGUCUGGACAAGCAUUGGCCUCUGUGAGGAUUCAUCUCUCAGAAAGGUGAAGAAAAAAAUGUAAAUAAGCAAAAACAUGUAAAUUAAGCAAAACAAUUGAUAAAGGAACAUGAGACUUCCAUUGGAUCACUCUUUUACUAAAGAACUGAUUUGUUUUGUAGUUAAGUUAUACUAAAGCCUUGUUACUCUUUCACAGGAAAGAAAAUAGCUGCUUGUAUUGUGAUCAGAAUUCAGUCAAUGCUGGUAUUUCAAGAAUGGAGAGAUGAAGUUACUAAAUAAGAAAAUUGUAAGGAUAGCAACACUCAAAGAAUAAUAUAAUGUUUUCCAGGAACUGACAGCUAUAUUGCUUCAACUGAAAAUAUACUUUAUAUUCAGUAAUACAUGCCUCCAUAGCUUUAAGAAUCUUAAGUAGGAUGCUAAACUUUAUUUUGUAAGAGUAAUUAAAUAAAUAAAGCAGCAUGGAGGUCAUUGUCUUUCCUGCAUACCAUAUAUUAAGCACUCUCUUACAAUCCUUCUAAUAAAGGAUACUUUGCAAACAAACUUCACAGGGAAAUUUCCGUGAGGAUGAGUUUCUGCUUUCCAUUUGUUGCUGCAGUAGAUGUGGUUAAAUUAACUGAACUGUUAUCCCAGAGCAUAUUAAUCAAGUGCAAUACUUGUCCAAGUACUUGUGGAAAGAACAGCAGAGACAUAUGUUGCUCAGCUUCACAUUUAUUUUGAAAGGAACUCAGCUAGAAUAUUGGGUUUAUAUAUUACAGUAGGAGUCUUGGCUGGAGCUAUGGAUAUAAAAAAAAUAGUCUGAUUCUCCUUGGUCUAGCUUUUUCCAAUUCACUGGAAGAUUUAGCAUGUGUGCUAAAAUGAAGAGAAAAUACUAUAAAACUUUGCAGAUAACCAGAUACUAGAUAAUGCAUUAUUUUAUUAUAAGCACUGUAGGUUCUGAAAAAAAUUUCAAUUGUUCAUUCUCAAAAAAAGAAAAAAAAACCACACAAAACAAGCAUGAUAGAGCUGAAUCAGGAUGUGAAUGCUCCUUCAGUUUGUCAGGUUCACAUCCAUACUUGAGUUGGAGAUUAAAGAGCAAAGUGUUACCAGCUGUCAGCAGCCAUUGGGCAGGGGUUGCAGUCCUGAGAGAAAGAGUAAAGCGUAUAUCUAUUCCCUCAGCAAAACGCUCUGAAGAAGAAAACAACUCAGAAGCUGCAGCCAGAGGGUUAGAAUAUAGAAGUAAAAAUCCUGCCUCAGUUCUCAAUUAGUUUUGAGAUGAUCAUAAUAAAAAGGAUUUAAUGCUGCAAUUUUUUUUUCCUAAGAACAACAACAUAAAACAACAACAAGCUGUUGGAUACCUACUUUAAAAUAUUUGAAUGCCACAGACCUUAUGAAGAUUGAGAGGAUUUAAGUGCUUUGAAUUAUUCUUUAUGAUGGAGGGAUCUAAUCUUCUUAUCCUGGAGUCCUCAAGAACACACUUAAAUAAUCUCUCUCCCUGACUGGAUGCCAAACAAGGACUUAAAUAAGGAAAACAAGUAAGGAAAAUGAUGAGUGAAUGUUGGUGUCAAGAAGGCUACUUCAUUGGCACAAAUAAGAAUCAGAAUUGGGUAAUACAAAUUUCACUAUGCACUCUUCUUAAAAAAGAAAAGUACUUUUUGGCUGUACCUCAAAAUUUACACAGCAUAUCAGCAGCAAGGUCCAAGAAAACAAGUUGCAUUUUUUAAGCGAUAGCUUCUACCCAGAUGUUUUGGCUUGAAUACAGAGCAGAGAAUAAAUUGUAAUAAACUCUCAUAUUCCAUGGAGCUGGGGUUGGAAGGGAAAACAGCUGAGAUUUACAAUACUCAGGAAUAAAAUUAUCUCAUGAUAAUCAUUCAUCCCCAUGACAUUAUCUUAUGGUUGAGAGACCAUCUUUCUCCUUCUUAAAUGAUCUCUCUGGCAGCCUGGAUUCAACAGUUAUAUCUUCGUAAUGUUUUUUAAAUAAGAUCUCUCUCCCUUCUUUUUAUGUGGGUGUUCUGGAAUAAAUGCACUUGAGAAGA